AUGCGACCAUUGAGGGGAGGUCGGGGUAGGCGUGUUGCGGUGCUGCUGCCGGUGCUGAUCGCGGUCUUGCUGGUUCCUCUCAAGGCCUCGUUUGCUUCCUCUCUUGGACACGCUUCCCUUGUGUCCCCCCAUGAUGACUGGGCCAUGUGGACGGCAAUGCUGGCGUGCGCGUGCGUGGGGCUGCGGGCAGAGAAGACGAGGGUGGGAGCGGCCCUCUCCUCGCCGCUGGUGACCAUGUUCAUAUCUCUCAUCCUCGUCAACUGUGGAGUCCUUCCCACUAGCGCACCGGCUUACAACACAGUCAACAAGUUCCUUGUUCCCCUGGCUGUCCCUCUCCUCCUGUUCUCUGCCGAUCUGAGGAAAGUGAUGAAAGACACAGGAAGCUUGCUCCUUGCGUUCUUCAUCGGAGCCUUUGCCACGCUCGCGUCGACGGUACUGGCUGCCGCUGUGUUCCCAAUGAACGGCGUUGAGGGAGCAUGGAAAAUCGCAGCGGCCCUCUGCAGCAGGCACAUCGGAGGAGCAAUCAACUAUGUUGCUGUGGCAGAUGUUCUCGAGGCCCCUGCCGCUGUUGUCACGGCAGGAAUAGCAGCGGACAACCUUGUUGUGGCCGUGUACUUCAUCGCAAUCUUCGCCAUGGCCAACUCAGCAGGAUCCACAAAUGACAAGAAUGUUGUCGAAAAUAAUGUCGAGGAAGAAGGGAGCGCAAGUUUUACAAUCGUCGACGUCUCGUCCGGUGAGGAGUUACUGCGUUCAAGGACCAAGGUGCUGAAGCUUCGAGGGAAGCCAUGGCGAUCUCAGCGGGAAUCUGCUUGA